AUGGGGUAUGAGGUGGAUGCAAAUACACUUGAUGCAUUCGCUCAACACUUGUUGAGUCAGUUGGUAGAUGAGAAAGAAGAAAGGUUCGGUACAUACAAAGAGAAGGAUCUUGAUUUGCAAAAGAAGUUUACUGAACCGACAAGGAAGAGGAAAGUAAAGAAAGAAGUCAAGGAACUUGCAGAGAAAAUGGCAUUAUCAAAGGAGGUUGUGCAAAGGGAUAGAGAGAAAAACAUACUAAAGGAGGAAGACAUGGCCAAGCCUAAGAAAUCAAAAUCGGUUUCCACUCCUCCGAAGCAGUCAAAGACGAGGCAAUCCCAAUCUGUGCCUACCUCCGGUGUGCAAAAGUUUGUUCCUCCACCCAAGCCACAAACAACAUCAACCAGUGGAGCAAAGAAGAGAAAUAAAGAGAAACCAACAAGAAAAUAUGUAGCUGUAGAGGAAGAAACCCAAUCCGAUGAAGAGAUCAAAGAAGUAAAGAAGACAUCUACUUAUGUUAGAGUAGUGAAGAAGCCACAAUUCAGUGGAGCCCAGUUGUCAAAGAAGCCAAGAGCUGAAACUGAGUCAUCCAAAAGAGCCAGAGUGGGCAAGAAGCAGAAGUCAAAAUUGGAUGAAACUCUCAAAUCUGACAAAGUAGAACGUACAUAUGAAGUUGUGCCCCCAAUGACUCUGAAACAAGUAAUUGAUGAAGUACUAAAGGAUGGAAAUAUGUGCUUGUAUACUAUGAAAUUUUUUGAUGAUAAAGACCAAAGAGCUAUAGAGAAAGUAGUUGUUCAGUACAUGGAUAUUUAUAGUAAGAUGAAGUCACUAAAGAGACAAAUACAAUUUUUGAUAGAUCAAAGAAUUGAUGUGAACCCGACACAUGAUGACACUCAUUCAGAAGAUCAAUCACAUGACACAUUUGUUCUAGAAGUGCAUGAAGCUUCUCCUGACAAGAAAAAGGAUCAAUCAUCUAAGAAGGCCAUUGCAAAAGGGAAAUCAAAUGAUCAAACCACAAUUGAUGAUGUUGAUGCUGCUAAUGAUAUCUCCGAUGAAGCUGAGCAGGAUCCUCCGGUGAUUAAGGUUGUUUUAGAAAAAGCAACUGAGGAGACAAUUGAUGUAGAUAAGGGUGAAGAUGAUGGUCAUGAUGCUAGUGUAGAAGGAGAGGAGAAAGGAGAAGAGAAGUCAGAUCAGGCUCCAACAACAGUGGCAAGAGACACUGUAAUAGAUAAAGGUAAACAGAUUGCUACUGACUCAGAUGAUUUUGGUCAAGGGCCUAUUGAUCUGAGCUCUUUAUCUCUGAUUCAAGCACUAAAGUUAGCAACUCUCACCCAAGUUAAAACCAGCGAGGACUUACUUAAGUCCCAUUCAGUAGACAAAGAGUUGAUAAUAUUGGCACGAGAUGUCUUGGAUAAAAUUUUGCCAUCUUUCAAACCAGACACAUUUGAUCCCUCUGGUAAUUAA